CCGUGACCUUCAGUUCGCUACCUCUCCUCGCAGCGUCACGCAUCUCGCCCAGCACAUUCAAAAUGCUUUCCCGGACUUCGAGCGCCCGCCAGGCCGUCGCGGCCGUUGCCCGCCUUGCCCGCCCCCAGAUGAGGACCUUCAUCGCGCCCACCGUUUCGCGGAGAGCCGACUUCGUCCAGGAGCUCUACCUCAAGGAGCUCAAGGCGUACAAGCCCACCCCCAUCAAGGAGUCCGAUGCUGUUGGCCAGGUUGCCACCUUCAACCUCCCCAAGCCCCCCAAGUCCCCCGAGGAAGCCGACCUCGCCUCCAGCCUGAAGGAGUACGAGAACAUGGCCGUCGAGGUCGAAGGCCAGGAGGGUGCCGAUGCCGCUGCCCCCGCCGCCGUUGUCGAGGACUGGCUCGUUGAGGAGGAGGAGGAGGAGGGUGCCCACCACUAAGCGACUCGUCUCAUCUCGUUCGGUACUCAUCCAGUCACUUCGCUCCCGAUCAUCUAAUCCAGACAUCGUUUGAACCCAGUCUUCCCGAAAUAGACCCAAAUCCGAGAUUUUGAGAAGGAAAGGAGAGAACGGAAAAAAAGUCUACGAAAAAGAUGGAAACAGAUGUUGCGAUCGAC